AUUAAAUUAUGGUAUCAAUAAGAAGAGCCGAGAUGUAAGAUUUAUAACAUAUGCAACACUGCAAUUUAUGGUGUUUACCAGAAAAUUACACAUUCAAAUAUUACCUAUAUCAUGGCAUGGUUUGGUAAUCAUUACUUUAUGUUGCAGAAGAUAAUAUAAUAUAUUAAUAAAUAAAUAAAUAAUACAUUAGUAAAUAAAUAAUUAUUAAUAAAUAAAUAAAUAAUAAAAGUUUAACAUAAAUUAAUUAUGAAUAGAAUAGUGGUAGAAUUGUUGGAUAUGUAUUGGCCAAAUAAGAUGAAGAAGAUGAAGAAGGAUCAAAAUUAGAACAUGGUCAUAUUACUUCUUUAUCUGUUUUAAGAACACAUAGAAAAUUAGGAUUAGCUAAUAAAGUUAUGUAAAGUACACAUAGAGAUAUGGAUAAAAUAUUUGAAUCACAUUAUGUUUCAUUACAUGUUCGUGUAUCUAAUAGAGCAGCAUUAGGAUUAUAUAGAGAUAAAUUAGGUUAUGAAACAUUUGAUACUGAAGAAAAAUAUUAUGCUGAUGAUGAAAAUGCUUAUAAUAUGCGAAAAUGGUUUAGAAAGAAACCAGAAAAAUAAUGAUUAUAU